UGGCGGCCGAGUGCGCAGGCGCAGGCUCCAGUCGGCGCCUGCCCAAACCGUGAGGCGACACCCAGCGGCGGUUGAGGUGCCUUCGCGCCGGCGGUUCUUGAUACGAGAUGCUGGUGUUGAUGUUGGUGGCGGCGGCGACCUUGCGGCUCUGCUUGGUGGCCGGAGCUCGGCAGCUGUGCCGUAUUCACACGGUGAGGACAGGAAAGGUGUUUCAUGUGAGUCAGCAAAUUCAAGGGGACCAUCUGUAUUUUUCAUCGGGGACACCACGCUUGAUUAAACAUCCUUGCAAGAAAAACACAGCCCUGUAUCUAGGAAGACAAAUUUUUUUCACAAGAGAUAAUUUCAAAAGUAGUCUCCUUCCACUUUCCCUCCCUACAUCAAUAAAGGUCGGCAUACCAGAAGUAACAUCGGCACAUAUCGCUGGCUCGGUGUUGCUGUUAGUAGUGGAUCAAAAAGUCUAUGUUUAUGAUUACGAAGCCAAUUCCUGGAACGCAUCUAUAGGUAUAGAACACCCUGUUUCACAUAUUUCUGGUGAUAAUUGUUGUUACAGCGGGCAUCCCUUUUGUGUGGAUAUAAGUAAUUCCGUGUUUGCUUAUUUGCAUGGAGAUCAGAUAUCUCAGACCAAUGUGUAUUUCUCAAACACCCGGGGAUACACAUUUCAGAAGUUUGCCUACGAAAGACAGGGUCUUUGCAGAUUUAGUCAGUCAAGAUGCGGUCACACUGGACCAGGGUGGGUCCUAAAUCCAAAGGGGCUGGUAUCUUGUAAGAAAAGGAGAGGACACGGGGAGACCCGCACGGAGAAGAGGCCGUGUGAAGACGCAGGGAGACCCUGCAGGGGUGCGGCUACAAGCCAAGGGAUGCCGAGGAUUACUGGCCACCACCAGGAGCUGGAAGAGAGGUGUGGCGUGGCUUCUUCCUCAGCCUCGGCAGGAGCCGGCUCUGCCAACACCAGACUUCUGGCUUCCACAAAGGCAGAACUAGCCGGGUCUUUGGGUGGGGUCUUCUACUUUCACUCCUUGUCACAGGUUGGGCUGCUUCUCAUUGACCAAGGGAAGGCUAUGUUCAGCUACUCAGAACACCCCCUGAACCGCAGUUUGGGGCUGCCCUUUGACUACAACGGGACCCUUGACAUCCUCAUCACCCCGGGCCAGAAAGGCAUUCUGAUCUUCUGGUUUGAGAAGAGCCUGUUGGUUUCUGGAAACGCAGGUCAGCUCGUUUACCCUGUCCCCGUGGACGAAGAACCCCGCAUCUCGUAUUCUUCCGUUUCGGAAGCCAACGUCACCAUCCACAACAUCGCUGCCAAUCAGAAUGAACUGGCAGUCUUAACUCGGGAGAACAGUUUGUAUUAUGGCAGCCUUGGAAUCCUGCCAAGUUCUCUAAUCAAAUUUUCAGGCCAAAACAUCUGGUCCCAAGAGGCAGCCGUGAUGUUCACUGAUGUGGGGCAACUGGAAAUACUGACCCCGCUUCCCGAUCCAAUGUUUCCAGCUUUUGAUUUCCAGAGGUGCCCUAUGAACGUUCAGGAGAUUCUCAUGGAUCCCCAACUCCAAGUUGACGUUUGCAAAGUAGAGCUUCUGCAAGGAGAAUUUGACAACAAGAUGUACAGCAUCGACAUGAACAGCAAACUGCAGCUCACAGCGCUCAUGAUUCCGCGGCCAGGCAGGUCACCGGUCCCACUGGCAAUGGUGAGCAACCCCCACUCCCUGGGGCUGCAGGUGGCCAUCUACGAGGACGGCUACACCUAUGACGGAAACACCAAGCACAGACUGAACAUCUCCCUGAGGCAGCAGCACCACUGGGGCAGGGCCAACCCCAACUUCACCUCCAGCAUAAAGAAACCCACAGUAUCUACCAUCACUCUGGACGUAGCCAACAAGGAAAUUUCAUGUGUGGACCUGAAGCCACUGACGGCACUCAUUUCAGUGGGUUGUGACCAGGAGAAAAAGAUCGUCAUUCAGAACAAAAUCUCAGCCUGUUCCAACGGCAUCCUGGACCCCGUGGGCCUUCAGGACAACUACAGCUACAUCAUCGAGAAGGAAGCGUAUGACCCCAACUUCCGGGGACAGAUGUCCCGCGAGGACCUGGUGGUGAACUAUCUGUACGAGAAGCUGGGCUGCCCCCGCCUCGUCUACUACAACACCCCCUGGAGGCCGGUGGUGGAACUGUGGCGGGAAGGAAAGUUCCAGGAGGUGACGAAGGCAGAGUUCGUCCUGCUGGAGGUGAACGGGCUGUUCACGUACACGUACUCCCUGACCGCCCAGAUGGCGCUGUGCAGAUCCCAGCCGCAGAACUGGACCACCAUCCUGGAGAGCGCAGGCGACAAAAGGCCCUUCGCCUGGGACCGAGAGAACUACAUCAGCUGCCAUGACCCCGACAACGACGCCCCUCUGAGAUGGCCCGAUGUUCCGUAUCAGAUCUUGGGAGGCCCAACAGCAAACAAGGUUAUUUUUGACCAAAGGAACGGGAUCUAUGUCUUCUUCCUUUCUAUCGUGGAUCCCUACUACAGUUACUGUCACCUGGAGACCACCUUCAGCGUCUACGUCUACGGGGCCUUGCCCCCGUCCAUCAUCCCGACGACGGUCACCAUCAUCCCGCUCAUAAUGGCCAUGCUGCUGUCCGUGUGGUCGGCCUACAUGAUCCCCAAACUGCUGCACACCGAGAAGGGCCUCAGGCUCAAGGAGUUCUGGAUGAAUCUGUGCAGGAGACUCAGAAAUCUUUGCCCGUGUUUCCAAGGCAGGCGCUGAGCGCACAGCGGAGGAGCCCAGAGUUGUCUUAAAACAAAGCAUUCUGGAAAAAAGCCA